GAAACAGCCCCCGGUGUUGCGGUGUGUGUAUAUUUCUUCGCCAGCGCCCCGAGAAGAAGGCGCUACUUUUGCCUUGGAAAGAAGUCGUUUUGACUUCUGUUACUAGCAACGUCCAAUUCCAGUAACCAAUCCCAUCCGUCCGCUCACGUACGGAAGUUGCAGUAAGCGGCAGCAGCAGCAGCAGCAGCAACAGCAGCAGCAUCACCAGCAGCAACAGUAACAGCAGCAAUAGCGGCACCACCAGCAGCAACGGCAACAGCGGCAGCAGAAGCAGCCCGUCCCGAGACCUAUCGAUAUACCAGCGCCGACACGGGCGCGUUAAACGAUCAUUCGAACUCGAUCGAACGAGAACGCUUCGCCGAGCUACUCUCCCGUCAACGAGCCGCAAAGGUUUUAGAGAGAAAUUUUUACUGUGCAGUGUUCACGGUUUACCAGACAAAACGCAACGCCCGAGCCUACCGACUAAAAUCGUCGCGCUAGUUCAGUUCGUCAGCCGUGUUUGUGAUUUGCUUUUGUGCGAACCGAAACCACCGUACCAGUCCCAUAGUGAAAGUGAAACGGUUGCUUUUGACCGAAAAACGUGGAAAAGAUUCCGUAGCGAGUGCUCCACGCUUUUGGUUGCUAAAGGGGAUGUUAUUGGUGCGUAGAAUCAAGUGUGCAGUUUGGUUGCAUUGUGACUACAAACGUGUUGCAAAAGUUACACAAAAAGCUGACCUGAAUGUCAGAAGGAUUUGACGUUUGUGUGCGCUUGAAUGAACGAUUUUAAGACGUGUUGAUUCAGUUGGAAAAUCGCUAGCAAACGCAACUGAUUGAUAGUGUAGCAGGAAUUUUGUUCUGCCUUCAAAAAAAUAAUUUUUAAGGUAUUAAUCAUCCGUACCGAGUUUGUGGCCCGGUUUACACCCGUACUGGCACGUAGCGAUAGGAGUGGAUCUCAUCGUACCAGACAAAUUGUCAGCAGCGAGAGCAGAGGGAGCGAGAGAGAGAGAGAGAGAGAGAGUGAACACAACCCAGCACGGGGAAAACGAUUCGCAGCAUCUCAGCACACAUCACCGGACACGGGUACCGGAGCACCGGAGCACCGAGCACCGGUAAAGAAUUCAUUUAGAUUUGACGCGCAGCAUCAAACGCCACCAUGUUUGCGGUAAUGCGUAUUGACAACGACGACCGUAGGGCCGACUUCCGUCGCAAGAUGCGACCAAAGUGCGAAUUCGUCUGCAAGUACUGCCAGCGGCGCUUCACCAAACCGUACAACCUGAUGAUCCACGAGCGCACGCACAAAAGCCCGGAGGUGACGUUCUCCUGCGAGGUUUGCGGCAAAUACUUCAAGCGGCAGGAUAAUCUACGCUCGCACAGAUGCAGUCAAUGUAUUUGGCGGUAAGCACUAUUUGACAAACACUUCCUCGAUGUACACUCAUUUACUUGCAAAACACAUACUUAUUACACGACAAUACACAUAUAUAAAAAAAACUCAAGUAAAACGCAACCAAUCAACCAACAUUAAACUUCUAAAAGUAAAACAAAACAAAAUGGGUGAUGGAGAAUAUAUAAAUAUCGUAUAGAUAGAACAACAAAAUAAGCAGAAAACAAACAAAAAAAAAAACAAACACACACAUAAAGCGUGAUGGCGGACUAGGAGUAUACAUACAUUAUGCAACACCAGAGCAAAAAACCAAACAACUUAACAGCAUCUUAGUGAAAAUGCGGCGCGGAAAACACAUUGCGAAAACACAGCGCAAAAGCACUUGGUGCUUGAGAAGCCCAACCCACUGUGUCAUUACAAUCAGACAAAUCUGUAUCGGAAGAAGCAGAACACCCGGUGUACGGCAAGGAGCACAAAAGAGCACGCCAAAUCAAACGGAAACAUCAUUUUCCUUGAAUCUCCCAACAUUUACGAGUGAAAAGCGAUUGAUCGUGUUAUGAUUCGAUCACGCGCGCGUGUUUUUGUAUGUGCGAGUGUGUUCGUCGCUUCGAGAUAUGAUCAUAUGUUUGCUUUUCCCCGGCUUCUGUGCGCAAGCGAAAGUGUGCAUCAACAUGUAAAUGGUUUUGUUUGCAAUAUUAUUCGCACUUAUUUAAACACAAAAAAAAGCAAAACAAUCACAACGCCAGCACGCCAGGAGCGUAAUCAUAGUCGAGGCAUAGUCAUGUGAGAAUUUGGGACCGAAGUUUGUGUACACUUUACACGAAAUGUGUGGCAUAUUGCAGUUGCAGCAACAAACAACAAACUAAUAAGCGUAGCAGCAAAGGAACAAUAGUGACUGGUCAAUGAGAAGGAAAACAAAAAUAUUGAAGAAGAAGAAAAAACCGAUCAGCCGGUAUUAAAUGUGAAGCAAUGUGAAAAGAAGAAACGAGCGAUAGCAAAAGAAAAACAAAACACAAACACACAAUGUGAACAGAAAUCAGAAGACACAGAAAGCGAAUACGAUCCAAUUUUAACGUAAGCAUAACUGUUCUGCGAUAAUUGUCUGUUUAUGUAUAAGCGAUAAUCACCAUUUUCCCUCUUACAAACAAUCUCGAUUUUUUGUUUUUUUCAUGUUUAUUUUGUCAUUUGUUUUUUUUUUUGAAGGAUUUGGAUCGAUUGCAAGACCCAACAUUCAUUGUAACGUUAAUUUUUUCUCGUCCCGAAUCGUUUUCGCAGUUAUGUUUAUUUGCUUAGCGCAGCUCCGCUCAGUCAACUUCUCAUGCCAAAUGUUGUUUGACCUUCAAAAAUUGUCAAUACGUUCCUUACCGUGAUGUCGUGAUGUUGCGAUAAUCUCCCCACACGAAAUUGUUGUUAAUCCAUCCCCUUAUUUUUCUCUCUAUGCCACCCUUUUCGCCAUCCUGCGCUACAAGACACACACUUUUCAAUUCAAUGUUCGUAAUCAGCAGUCACAGCCGGCAAUUGCCCAGAACGGGAAAAUGUUAAUAUGCAAUGACUCAAGAUAUGUUUUGGCCAACAAACAACAAAAAAACAGACACACACAUACGAAUACUUACACAAGCACACAUAUCCAUGAUCACCUAUAAAAAUGCAUCUCAAGUUAUAAUUGUUUCGACACAUCCAUGUCGAAACAGUUGUGAUCGGUUGAUGCAAUGUUUUCGGAAAAUCUAAUGCUUUCAAAAUUGUACAUCCUAAAAGAACGUUUUCUUCUCCAUAAUGGAUUAACAAACAAAAUUAAAACAAAAAACACACUCACCAACGCACACCGGGAACACUAGCGUACGGGGAGUUUCGGUCUCAAAAUUGUUUCUACUAUUAGUUUGCUAAGAUUUAUUUUUGUGAUAUAGUUUGGUAUCAUCGACGUACUCGGGCUGGUCUUCCUGGUGUGCGUGUGUGUGUGUCUACUAUUCGGUAUACUUUGAUAAUGGGAGGUGAACAGAUAACAAAACACAGACAUAGACUUUCACAAGAUGACGCACUCACUACUGCACGUACACACUACCAAAUCAAAAUUUGUUAAGAUGAACAUUAAAAGUAACAAAUUCACUGUAGUUUUCGAUGCAAUUUUACCCAAAAUCUAACCCAGACAAUUCCCAUUUUCCUUCCUCCCAAGUCGUACAGUAUUCUAUCCUGAUCCUGAUUACAGGGUUUGCGAGUUAAAGUCGUAAAAGUUGGAUUCAUUUCUGUAUUCUGUUCAAGUUGAAGUUGGAACGUGUUUAGGUAGUUGAGAGAGAGGGUAGUGGUGAGAGAUUCCACAACUAUUCUGUCACAUUCCGCUUCAACUUGUGAAGAAUUCAUAAAAGACUUUAACUACUACAACUUGAUGUCAAAAACCCUGGUUUGUUUCCCUUUCCUAUAUUCCCCUUCUGCUUAAUUGUUGCACCAAAUUUCGUAGUUCUGCCUAAUACCGAAUAAUGUAUUAUUCUGCUGUAUUGGUUCUGAUUGGCUUUCGUUUAUCUAAUUGUGAGAGUUUACGUACGGUACUUUAGUUUUCACCAGCAACUAUUUUUCUCACUCUCUCUCUCUCUCUUUCUUUUGAUCGUUAAAACCAAAACCAAAACAAAAACAAAACAAAAAAAAAAGCUCAACAGCAAACAAAAUCACCAUUAUCUGUUUUUUCGUAUUUUUUUCUUUCUUUUUUCUUUUUUUCCCUCAAAACAACGGACAGAUCCAUCCAUAUGGAUAGGACAAUGAACGGUAACAACAAUCGAGCAUACUGAUACUGAGUUUCGGCGGAUUUGCUUUUUUGCUUGUGUCUGUUUUUUAAGUUUUUUUUUCUCUCCUCUUGUUUUACUUCAUUACUUUCGCACGAACACGAUGCAUUUAUGAUUUCGCCCAAUUUAUGAUUUCAACACAAACACAACUACACACAAAAAAGCUACAUGUAAUACUUUAUUUUUAUUUUAUAUUAUUAUUAUCAUUAUUAUUAUAUUAUUAUUAUUAUAAUUAUUGAUGCAAGCAUAAAUAUUAUACGCGAGGGGAAUGAAACAAACAAAUUGUGCAUCGGUAGAAAUCAUUCACCCAGGUCUGCAAGAAACAUUCAGAUUCGACAAACACCAUCGAACGAAUGCAAAAUAGUUUGGCGAUGGAGUGCAAGAUGGAAGAUUUUAGGAAGCACAGGUUUGCAUAAGUUAUUUAAAAGAAAGCACAUUUGCUUUGGUUGCAUCGAGUACGAGUUAUGUGUAUAAAAUAAUCCUUUUUGUUCCGUAAUUGUAAAAGUCCGAACCCCCGCCAAUGAUACAGCGAGGAGCGUAUUUUAGUGAUGUCAUCAAACUGAACUGACGGCACGCCGAAGAAUGCAACACGUAGUCGCAGCAUCGUGUUUGCAUCUGUACAUACCUUAACGCAAUGUGACCCAAUCAAAAUUAUGACUAAAGAAGGGGGGAAAAACGAAAUUUAAAAAAAAAUAACAAAAAAAAUGCGGACCUCAACUAAGCACACAAACACAAUCAAAAGCAAUUAUAUUAAGUUUAACCUAACGCGUGGCAAGAGGCCUUCCCUUUUUUCCAUAUUGACCUAUUUAAGAUGUACUACUAAUUUAUGCUUCAAGAAAGGAAUGCGUGUGCGGUAAAGAAACGUUUAAAAAAACACUUUUUAAAAGAAAGGAAAUAAGCAAACAUUUGUUACAGGGUGCGAGUGUACGAAACUGUUCCGAUUGUACAACAAACACUAUCCCAGUUAUGCUGAUUGACAAACCCUGAAAGUAAGCUUAGCUUUCACGCGUAGCAUUGUUUUGCAAAAGAAAGAUCGAAACUGCGCUUUUUCCCACUAAUGCAAUGCCAUUGAUUUAUCUUCCGUUUUACACACGCUGCUAAAACAACACAGAUAACAGUUUGGUAUGCGAUUCCGUUUCGACACACACACACACAGAGACACACAUACACACGAUUGAUAGGGUCUGAUUCACACUAACGUCGUACAAUAAAGUUGCUAAACAUAUUCAUAUUCCACCCCGAUCCCGGAUCAAAUGCUAAACGAUCGGCUAAUGGCCGUUGUAUUUGUUAUGUACGCAGCCGUCGAGCUGUGGUUGUGAUUGAUGUGAGAGAAUCAUCGAAACGUUUAUCUACGCCUUAUGAUCGCCGAUAAUCAGGUAACAAAUUUUUUUGUUAUUUGAUUUGCAUCACAAUGCGCACCGCCAUUAGCGACUCGUUAGGGUGAAGAAAGGAUCCUGUCAACGGGUUAUUAUUAACUGCUUUCGUCGUUCUUGCGUUUGUGCGAUCGCCGAAUAGAAAGAACGAUAGCAAAGAGACAAAACAACAAAUGUUUGUGCAAAUAGCACACAACAAUGCCCGCCCGCAACUGUUGAUUCAUCAGCUUUCGUACCAUGCCAAUGCUUGAAACAUUUCCCCCGCUUGAAUAGUGUAAAACAGUUACAUGAGCAAACUGACUGAGUGUGGGAUAUGUUCUACUUUGGUAGAUUCUUUUCUUCUCUCUUAUUUGUUGGUGUUUUUUUUUUACACAACUUGAGCCAUAUGCUCUUUGUGCGUCAAACAGCUUAACAUUCCUUUUUUUUAUUUGUUAGAGUGACCCGCAGAAGUAACUCUCUUUUAUUAUUUUGUUUAGACUAGUACGUUAAAAAAACCCGCGCUUAGAAUAGAUUCUAGUCUGCUGUAAUUAUGUUUAGUAGCCAGGAAGUCAGCACGGAGGAUAAGAAGUGGUGACACGGUUUUUUUUGAGAAUGAAGACAAAACAAAACGUUUACUGGUGGCUUCGCAAUUAUACGAUACACAAUCAAAAUGCUCCGUAAGGUGCCAAAUUAACGCUUAGACGCAACACUGCAACGUCUUUCGUCCAGCAAAUGCUCCAGGAAACCGAUGCGUUAAAGAACGAUGCCGCUAUACAGUUUGUGCUUAUUCUUCCCAGCGCAGCUUAACCAACAGGACGGUAUAAACGAUUUAUUUUUCUUUUUUUCAUUCGCAUCAUCCGAUACGGAACGGAUUGUACUAUUCGAAUAUUCGCAUACUAGAAGCAUUAAAGAGCAUAGCAAAAUAAAAAAAACGAAUAAACGUCCACUUCACACUUUAGCAAUAUAGGUUUUGUGCGUGAAAGUUUGUGUGUAAAAACAAAACAAAAAGCUUCAGGUUACAGAUGAGAAAUGGAGUGGAAUCAAUCAUAACGUGUAAUGCAUUACAAAACAAUUUUGAAUAUUAUUAGCAACAGUAAAGAAAUGGCGUCAAAAUGCCGUAAAAAUGAAAA